ACGUUCGGUUAGAGACAGUGCCAUUUUCUCUUCAAUUUCAAUCAUCCCACAGCUACCUCUUAACUCAACUACUUCCAUUCCCAACCAAUUUCACUUUUUAAUAACAAAAACAGAACACAGAAGUUGGAGCAGAGAUUAUUCAGACAUGGCGCAACCAGAUUACUUGUUACAAAUCCCCACAGUCAAACUGGGCACCCAAGGACUUGAGGUUUCCAAGUUGGGUUUUGGAUGCAUGGGAUUAACUGGAAUCUACAACUCACCUCUCUCUGAGGAUGAAAUCAUAUCAAUCAUUAAUCACGCCUUUGCUAAAGGAAUCACUUUCUUUGACACGGCUGAUGUUUACGGAGCGCAUACCAAUGAAGUUUUGGUUGGCAAGGCCUUGAAACAAUUACCAAGAGAAAAAAUUCAACUAGCCACCAAGUUCGGUAUUGCAGGGAUGGCACCUACUGGUAUGAUCGUGAAAGGUAGUCCCGAGUAUGUCCGGUCGUGCUGCGAGGCGAGCUUGAAGCGUCUCGAUGUCGAUUACAUCGAUCUCUAUUAUCAGCAUCGGGUGGACACGUCGGUACCUAUAGAAGAAACCAUGGGUGAACUUAAGAAACUGGUUGAAGAGGGAAAAGUCAAAUACAUCGGAUUAUCUGAAUCCAGUCCCGAUACAAUACGGAGAGCACAUGCUGUUCAUCCGAUCACAGCAGUCCAAAUGGAGUGGUCGCUCUGGACUCGUGAUAUUGAGGAUGAGAUUGUUCCUCUUUGCAGGGAUCUUGGUAUUGGAAUAGUUCCUUAUAGCCCCCUUGGUCGAGGAUUCUUCGGUGGUAGAGCAGUAGUGGACAGUUUAUCUGCAGGAACUUUCUUGGCUUCACAUCCCCGGUUUCAAGGAGACAACUUGGAGAAGAACAAGAACAUUUACAUUCGAAUCGAAGAUCAGGCAAAGAAGCGUCAAUGCACUCCAGCUCAACUGGCACUAGCAUGGGUUCUCCAGCAAGGGGACGAUGUUGUACCGAUUCCUGGAACAACAAAGAUUAAGAACCUUGAUCAGAAUAUUGACACGUUGAGAGUGAAACUCACUGCCAGUGACUUGAAAGAAAUCAGAGAUGCUGUCCCGAUUGAAGAGGUCGCAGGCGAUCGGAACUACGAUAGCAUGAAGAAAGCUUCAUGGAAAUUUGCAGACACACCUGCAAAAGAUGUUGGGGUUUCAAUUGAAUAAGGCAAUUGAAAUGGUUAUGGCAUGUUUGUUUCAUUUAUGGGAAAAUGUGUGGCAUAGAUCUUUUUAAGGUUUUAAAACCAUCCAUACUUGCGUUUGGGACAAAAAUUAUAGAUGGUUUUGAUAUGAAAUAAUAAAGAGAGCAAUGUUAAGGCAAA